AUGCCCAGAAUUGUUGUUGAGAGCGGGUGGAGUGAAUCUCUCUACGAACUUCGGGAAAACGCAAGACAAUGGCUCGUGGGAGGAAAUGGCGCAGUCAAAGCUGCCAUCAUCAUAAAAUGGACACCGAACCGGGCAACCCGCCAGGUCCGCGGUCUCGUGGAGCUUUACACCCUGGACAGAAGUGGCAUGCCUCGGCUCCUGCAAAGAGAAGAAAUCUUCCCGGUCCCACCGGGCAUCCAGCCAGGUAGUCAGGCGAUAACCGUAACGCGGCGGAUGCUUUUUGGCCAGGUGACCAGACCUGGCACUAGUCCAGGAGAUCUUCUUCCUCUGGACAUUGAUAUGCUGCGCCAAGAAGCACAGAUUGAAAUGGCAAAGAUGGGGUAUAUCCCUGCAUGA